CAAAGCCUGUGCCAGUUUCUCUGAUAUGUGAGAAAUCCAUUGGACUUUUUCUAGGGGCAGAUGACAACACAAUUCAGUCCGAGAAAAUCGAGCAGUUUCCGUGAUGAUUGUUUGCUCUGUCGAAUACAUGAGAAAGAGUUGGACAUGAAAACAAAAAUGAUGGAAGCUAAAUUUCAUGUAGAAAAGCUUAAACUGCAAGAGAAACAUGAUGCUGAUGUUCAGAAGAUUUUAGAAAGAAAGAAUAAUGAAAUAGAAGAACUGAAAACUUUAUACAGGAGGAAACAACAUGAAACUGAAGAGACUAUUAGAAAGCUUGGAAAGAAAGCUUGGACACUGUUACGUGACUAUGAAGUUAUCAGCAAGACUAAAGAAGACCAGACUGCGGAGCUAAAAAAGAUGUGUGAACAAAGUAUGGAAUCUCUAAAUAAUAACUGGGAAAAAAAGGCAUCUAGUAUGAUUGAAGAAUUAGAGCAGAAUGUCUGUCAAUUAAAACAGCAGUUACAAGAAUCACAAAUUCAAACAAAGGAACAACUAAGGAUAAUUGACAUACGACGAGAAUAUGAAACAAAAUUGAAAGGAUUGAUGCCAGCAUCCCUAAGACAAGAACUUGAAGACAUCAUUUCCUCCCUAAAAUCACAGGUUAAUUUUCUGCAAAAGAGACUUUCCAUCCUUCAAGAAAACUGACUACAUAUCAAGGCAGAAGGUAACUGCACGAGAGAAUGCAAUGGAUGCAAUUUCCAGACUGCACUGUGGACUUCUUCCAGCAGGUUUGAAGAUUUGGAUAUUGUAAACUGUGAGAUCAGUGGCAUUUUUUAAAUCCUUAAAUGUCAUUAAGAUCAUAAAAACAUGCAUCAUUCAUACACUAGUGGGGUGGUUUUAUUUGUGUCUGCCUAAGUUAUUUUUUUAACAUUCCUUUAUUUCCGAUUUUCAUGUUUGUGUGCAUUUGAGUAUGUGCUGAGAACUGCUUAUAUUGGGCAAAGUGAUUUCCUAUGAUAUGCCUUGUUAAUCGUUUUGCAUAGAAUUUUACCAGUUGUGUACGAUCAAAAUCACAUUUGUAGUAUCAUAUCAAAAAUUCUAACCUGUUUACAUUGUUUUCAUGUUCAUGUUCAUAU